AUGUAAAAAUUAUACAUAUUAGCGCUGUUCUCAGUGAUCGUGACAGCUCAAGAGAGCUUUCUUGAAAAAUAGAAGCACGUAAAAUAACAGAAGGAUUUAUCGACAGAAAUAUAUACAAUUAAAAAAAAAGGAUUACCAACAUUUUUGGGGAGAAGUUCGGAUGACUCAAUCAAAGAAUAAUUAUCAUCUCUCUUGAAUUAUGAGGAAGCUCUUAAAUUAACACCCUCUGAGACUGGUGAGCAUACAAUCAAAUUCGUCGAAUCAAUGUUCAUUAUUGAUUAGCCAAAUCCAAAUGCAGUCAGAGCUACAGAGAAACCAGACUAUCACCUUUUUGAGAAUAGCGUAUAAUAGAAGAAAGUUUAUAGCAAUGAAAAAGUGACAGCAUUUUAAGAUGGUUGCAUUUAUGUUUUUAGUGAAUGCAAUUUCAAGGGAGAACAUGCAAAGUCAUGUCCAGGAGACAAUGUGACGUUCUUUGGAUUACCUUUUGAAGUGUUAUCCAUUCAUUUACCUGAAGGUGGAUCAUUGAGUCUAAUCUAAGAAAAUGGAACAACUGCCUAUACAGUUACUAAUAAAUGUAUGAGAAGCAGACCUAUUGAAUUCCUUUUUGUUGAAGGUGCAAUUCAAUAAUCAUUUGGAAAUGGAUAAAUAUACAUAGACUAAUGA